AUGAAGUUUGAUGCAACAAAAUUCUUUGGAGAUCUUGCUGGAGAAAUCCAACAAGAUAUCAUUGAAAUACUUAACCUAAAAUAUGAGGUUCCAAAAGAUGCCAAUGUAUUAUUAGAACGAAUUCCCAAAAACAUUCUUUCACAUUACCUAAGUUAUACUAUUAUUGGAAUUAUUUUUGCUAGUAUUAUGUCGUUAUUUGAACCAGCUAAUUUUGCAUGUUUAUUCUUUUUUGUAGGUACAUUAGUUUCUUAUCUUAUAAUUAAAGAAGUUGAUGGGUCUAUCUUAGAAAAAGCUAAAAUUGAGCCAAUUUAUGUUCAUAGUAUUGGUGUAGCAAUUUACCUUUUAAUUGCUAUAAUAGCUGAUAUUGUUGGAUUUUCACUUUUUGUUUUAAUAAUUGUUAGUCUCUCUAUUAUUGGUUUAGCUAGUGUACAAACAAAAGUGAAUAAAAAUGAACCAACUAGAGAAAUAAGAACAUUUUCAAAAUAA